GGAAGUUAAAAAGAAUGGUUGGGAAAGAUUUAAGGAAGCCGACAGUGCCGUUUCGGGAAGUUUAGGGCGGGUGCUUUUGAAAUAGUUGGAGUCGUUACCACUAUGGCGGCGUUAUCGGUUGCCUCAACCACAACCACUGUGGCAGCGGGAAAAAAGAAGCUGGGGAUCCGGCGGAAUAGUGUGGCGACGACGUCUCCGACGUGGAGCGGUCCGGGGACGAGGCCCACCAUAAGCACGGUGACCCCAGCAGAAACGCUGCCUCCACCGACGAUGACGGCUCCAACAUUGCCACAAGGGGAACAGUUGAUGGGAAAAGGUACAUGUUCCACAGAUGUGACGAUGCCUCUGUGGUGUAUAUUACCUGUAUCACCUCUGUCCGACACCCCCAUGACGCUUUCGCAGGAGAUGGAGCGUUUAGAAGGUGUCAUGGUAAGUGCUCAUCAUGUGCGAGAAAAGAUGGAGGCACUGACGUCAGCUUGGGAGAGGAAGCGCGAUGCUCGCUGUAACGUAAGCACAGAGCUUGCCCAAGUGCGAAAGUGCAGCACGAACGAGGUUACUCGUCUUCAAAAAGAAAUCCUGCAGCUAUCGGAGAAAGAGACGCAACUAGUGGAAGAAGAAGACAGGUUGCGUCUCGAAGAAGACGUCCUAGGGCAUGAGGUGGAAACGAAGCGCCCGAAGUAUGAGCGGCUCUGUGUGGGUGCGCAGAAGUGGUAAUACAGCAACAUGUGCGGAGGUAACUGUAAAUGAUGAAAUAUGAUGAUACCUGAUAUUUUACGAUUUUAUCGUUCCUAGGAGACGCUGUGUAUAGGUAUGCGAGGGAUGCAAAAUGGGGUUGAAAAUGGGGUGAGAAGAAAAUCCGCUGAAAAACAUCAUAGG